UGCAUACCAAACAAGACCACUUGGUCCUGCACUGAACGAAACAAACUUUAAAUCCAAUUCUCACCGUACAAUAUGUUUGCUUCACUUUGUCCGCAUUAGCUGUCACACUCUGAAGAAGAGGUUUCUUCUCAAGUUUUGAAGACAGGGUGCUAAGUGGAUUGGACUUGUCCAGAGCAAGAGAGCGAGCAAGAGAGAGACGGGAAGCGAGGGGAGGGGAGGGUGAAUCUAAUCCCCCUAAUCCAGGAGGCAUCCAAUCCUGGAGAAGCCCUCUUUUCCUCAGAAGACACAGACAAAAUAGUGUGACAGAUUACGACACACCAAUUAACUGUUUUCCUCCCCCAAAAAUCUUCCCCCAUCCUUUCACAGAUUAAGUUGAAGGACUUUAACGUGUGGGGUCUUGGAAACGAAUCUGUACACUGAAGACCAAAAACAAAGGAUAAAAGCUUGGCGGGUUUAAUCGUGAGGACCAAGAGCAAAGUCUGAACAUCUUGUGGAAUUCGUAACACUUCUCAGGAUAAAACCUUUUGACGUUGGGAAAUGGUGGAUUCGUCUCGCGCAACACUUCACGAAUCUCCUCUUCCCUUAUCAUCUCCAAAGACUCCACAGGAUCAUUGAUUGGAUAGUGAGGCUUACUGUAGAUUUGUUUGGUGUUUUGUGUGUUUGCCCUACCAUACAAUGUAUGAUGUGUGCCACUACUAGUCACCCAUUAUAGACACUUAUGUCUAUUGAUUUAUAGAAAAUGAGAGCAAGUAAGUCAGACGAUCAAGCUGAGAUGUUGAUGUCGCUGCGUAGUCCACCGCUUUAAGAUAGCCUUUAGGGUUGAGAUUGGCAGCUUUCAUUUGUUGUAUGUGGUUUGUGUGUUUCUUUGACUGGCUCCAGUGCCUUUAAGCAAAAGAAGUGGUAUUGUUCUCCAGAGGAAAUAGCAUUUCUCAACGGUGUAGCAGUCAGACUUUGUAGGGGCACAAAGAUAUACUGUCAUUACUGUCUUGAAUGUUACUGAAUUCAACAUCCAAAUAAGAUAAUUCAGAAACAGAGAACACUGAAGGUACUGAAAAAAACUCCCAUCUUAAACAAAAAAAUGCUUUUAAACCUUUGAAAAUCCAGAUAAAUUUCCCAAGUUAUUUAAAUAUGAUAAGAGUUUGACCCACAGACUGAUCUUAUGAUACCAACGGUCUUAGGCCAGAGUCAGAACAUUCAGGAAAGAAUUUUUAUGACGUGUGCAUAGAGUGCUGAAAUAUUGACUCUUGUUUUACAAGUCGCUUGUAAAAUGUAAGCGGAGUGAUUAGUGUCUAGACAGGAGGGAUGUUUGUUUGUAAAUAAGGCCUAGCAGAGAUCUGGCAACAGUAAUUCUGAUUUUCUGUGCGCUUCAGGACACUGCGGGGAACUACAUGAAAGGGAGAAUCGAGGCGAAUUGCUGAAAUUGGCAUUCACCGCAUUCUCUGAGGGGUAAACAAGUAAUUUGGGAGUGCUGAGGUACUUAUGUCGAAGAGAGACUUUGUAGGUGCCAUGAUUACAGCCUCUUGGCAGUGCUAUUCAGUGCGUUUAUACACUGUUGAGAUCCAUUUAACUCAGCGUAAGCUCUGAGGGGCAGCGGAGUGGAGUGCUCAAUCAGUCCGCAGCUCAAUCAGUUCACACGUCCUUAUAGAUGAUAGGCCUGGGGUCUUUGGUAGCCUCAAUCAUUCAAUCAUUCAGUUUGUAAGAAGAGUUGGUGUGUUUCACCUCAGAAGAGGAUCACUUCAGGACUGUAUGCACUUCAUUGUAUAUUUUUGACACCACAAUCUGUCUAAACUGAGUGGCACAGGAUUUUUUUUAUGAUUUGAAUGACUACACAAGGCUCAAGUGGUAGACACAAUACUACUGCAUGAUCUGCUUUCCAGGGAACUCUGGCAAAAUAUUGCGCAUAUAUUUUACCGGUAAAAGCUGAAUGGAUUUCUCUCCCAUUUCUUGAGAAAGACGGGUUGUAGAUUUCCUUUGCAUACCCUUGGAAUUAAGAGCUAUUGCCGGUGUCCUGGAGGAUCGGCGUGAUAAGAGUAUAUUUAUAUAAACUGGUGCAGCCAUCAUGAGUCUGGGCAAACUUCCAGGGAUUAAAGGCCUGGUGUCAGGCUCACAGAGCAAGCGGCGCUUCAAGAGCGACCUCUCUGUGGACAUGAUCAGCCCACCGCUGGGGGACUUCCGCCACACCAUGCACGUGGGCCGCGGCGGCGACGUCUUCGGCGACACGUCCUUCCUCAGCAACCACGGCGGUAGUCGCGGGGGUGGCGGCGGCGGCGGCGGGGGUGGAGGCGCGGAGCGUCCCGAGUCGCCAUCGGGCUCCACCAAGACCACCCGAUUCUUCUCCCGGACCCUGCGCCACGUCCGCAAGGUCCCGCCGCCGCGCAUGAGGGGGGGCUCGAGGGACCUGUCGCUGCCCCCGCCGCCCAUCUCGCCCAUCAUCAAGAACGCCGUGUCCCUGCCCCAGCUCAACAUGGACCUGGGCAACGGCUCCUUCCAGAGGGCCCUGUUCCCCAGCUCCCUCAGCUCACCGGCGGACUCCCUCUACUCCUACGGUUUGCAGUCUGGCUUUGUCACCCUUCCCCGCCUAUCCCGCCUUGACAAGCAGUCCCAGGACUCCUACGGAACGCUAUCGCCCGACUUCCGCCACGGCUCUCUCCCGGACAACAGCAGCCUGACGCGGUCGGACUCCCUAUCCUCCUUCACCGUCGACCUGGGCCCCUCUCUGAUGAGCGAGGUCCUGGGGAUGAUCGACAGCCCCACCAACAGCCACCGCUGGGACAAAGGCCACAACGACAGCGAGCUGGACGAGGAGCGCAGCGUGUUUGAGUCGGUCACAGAGAGCCCCAUCAGGUACCCUGCCGGCACCAGCGCAGGGGACUCACCCUACAACAGCAGGGGGUGCUCUUACAGCCCCGAGUGGGGUUCCGAGACGCCCAACGGAGAUGAGGUGAACAGCAACGGCUCGGAGAGGGCCACUCCAGACGCCUCCUUGUGGUCUCCGGCACGGGAGGAGCCGGCCAUCGAAGCGGGGCGGUUUCAGCGGGCCGUGGACGUCCUCGCUCGUCACUACGGAGGCGGCAGCCAGGGGAAAGGGAGGCGAUGUAGCAACGAGGAGCCAUACAGCUCUCCAACACUCAGCCACAGGAGAGAUUCCUGCACCUACCCAGACGACGAGGAGGAGAUAAAGGUGUAAAUAAAUCAGAGUCAGACAUAAACAUUUUGUGGUCAGGUAGUACACAGAGAAUUGUGCACCUAUCCAGAUGACGAAGAAGACAGAAGCGGACAUAAACAUUUUACUGUCAGGUAGUACACAAAACAUUCAGCCACAGAGAGUUGUGCACCUGCCCAGAUGACGAAGAAGACAGAAGCGGACAUAAACAUUUUGUGGUCAGGUAGCACACAAAACACUCAGCCACAGAGGGGAAUAAUUAUUGUGCACCUGCCCAGAUGAUGAAGAGAUGAAGGUGUAAAUAAAUCAGAAGCAAACAUCUUGUUGUCAGGUGGUAGUACGCAAAUGUCAGUGCAACAUGUGGCACCUGGGGCUAAAAGUGUGGAGUGCAAGGUCCCAUAAACAUUUCAUUUUUCAGGUGUAAGUCACAGUAGGCAUACAAUAAUGCAAACUUAUCCGUGAGGUAGGAGAGGUCAUUAACACCGCAAAGUAGGAAGUAUUUCACUCCCUUCUUAGGCGUGAUUUCUUAAAAAGAUAAAAUAUAAUUUCAAAAACCAGGAAAGUGGCCUGACGACAGUAGGUUGCCUAACCUAAACCAAAUUCAUCAUUGCUUCUGUUUGUUUCUGACACAACUUUUAAGUAAAUAACAAUUAUGUAAAUAAGAACAUACUCUGACAAUAAUAAUAAUGUAUAAUGUACAAUGUGAAAUAAUGCUUUGACAACUAAAGAUGGAAGGAAGGCCAUGUUGUCACAGGACAAACAAAGCUACACAAGUAAAAAGGCAAACCUUAAAGCAAACAAAGUAAGGAGCAUGAUCAGUGUUAAUUUAUUUACAUGAUCAGUGUUCGGUUAUUUACCAAUCCACCAAUGACCAUGGACAACAGUGAAGUGA